CUUGACGAACUUGACUAACUUGAACUUCAGUUGACUGAAUGGUGUAUCUAUCUCUUUUUCUUCAUCUACAAUGUCAGAUAUGAAAUUGGAAUAAUAAUUAUGGCGCUAUUGGAAGGAUCUGCGCUACUAUGGUUCGGGCUUCUCGGCGCACUUCUCUACUAUCAAUUCGUUUUACAGAGCCCAACUAUUCAACGGAAUGGGGCUCCUUUAAGAAAACCGCCGAAUACAUUGCCCAUAGUCGGCAAUGGAAUUCUUUUUCUUCGUCCGCGCCAGAAGCUAUUCUCUUGGUUCGUCAAGUGUGAGAGGCAGUUCGGGCACGAGACGUUCCAGAUUAACGUCCCCACCUUACCUCCAGGUGUAGUAAUCAAUGAUCCCAAGAAUUUAGACUAUGUUUUCAAAAAUGAGGGUAUUUUUUCGAAGGGUGACCUUUUCAAGAGACUUUCUUGGGAUUUGUUUGGAUACGGAAUUAUUAAUGUCGACGGCGAAUUGUGGAAGACCCAGAGGAAAGCCGGACUCGCCUUUCUCAACGCGUCUAACCUGCGGGUCUUGACGGAAGUUGCUCUACCGCGUUAUCUUGGCCUUGCCGUCGAUUAUCUACGAGCGCAAGCAAGUGCGGAAAGCGACGUGGACCUACAGCACGUAUUCCAUGAAAUCACAAGCCAGCUUAUGGGAAAGAUGGCUUAUGAUAUGGAAAUGCAUGCCGAUGAUGAGUUUACCGUUGCCUUUGACUACGCCUCAGGUGUUACGACCGAGCGUUUUCAGAACCCAUUGUGGUUCAUCACAGAAUUCUUCACUGGCUUUCGGUUCCGGGGAGCGCUUCAUACUAUUCGUACUUUUGGCCUCGGAAUUGUGGAAAGCGCUGCUGAAACAAGGAAGAAUCCCCGAGACGCCCGUUCUGCGCUAGGGUCGGCCUCCGACAGACUUGACGAAGUGUCGGGCAGUUUAAUACAAUCCUUAUUGGACGUCUUUGGCGACGACCAGAAAUUGGUAUCCGAUGCCGCCUUAAACUACCUCUCUGCUGGUAGAGACACGGUUGCCCAGGCGCUGACAUGGUGCAUGUAUCUGCUUAUGCAGCACAGAUUCGUCGCUGGGAAAAUUCGAAACGAAGUACGAACUUCCCUGGGGAAUAUCCAAGAGCCCUUUGUAAUUUCCAAUGGCAGCGACAUUGAGAAGGUUAACUCUAAUGUUUUCACCCCAACAUCACUGCCAUACACCAUGGCAACUUUUUACGAGACAUUAAGAUUAUAUCCACCCAUCCCUUUCGAGAUCAAGCAAUGCGAGAAGCCAACCACCUUACCGGACGGUACUUUUCUCCCGGAAAAAGCUAUAGUAUUCUGGUGCACUUGGGCUAUGAAUCGAUCAAAGGUUACCUGGGGAGAGGACGCUGAAUCAUUCAGGCCUGAGCGGUGGCUUACGGAGGAUGGGAAGUUGGUUACCAAGAGCGCAGCCGAAUUCCCGGUCUUCAAUGGUGGCCCGCGGUUAUGUCUCGGGAAGCGAAUGGCAGAGUCAUUAGCUAUCCAAGUCAUCGCCACGAUGGUGCUCCUAUUCGACUUCAUGCCACAUUAUGAGGGCGAGAGAGUAAGCAAGAGCAGCCUUACAUUGCCGAUGAAAGGAGGCCUGCCAUGUCUUGUAAAGCCUAGGAGGUUCAAUCCGGGGUGAUUGAUACCAGCUAGGUACCAAAUCAGAAAUGAAUAAUAAUAUGUCGGUCAGA